GUUCUGCUCACCACACACCUCCAACACUCGCUCCUGAGGAACACAUGUCUCUUGUGAACUGAGUGGCGGGAGCUGUUGAGUUUCAGUGGGACUCCUGACAGCAUCCAGUUUGUGUGUGUGAGUGUGUCAUGAGUGUGUGGCCCCUGCUGCUGGUCUCUGUGCCGCUGUGUAUCUUCACACAGGCGCUGGAGAGGAUCGAGCUCCGUGAGGAUCAUGUGCUCACCUGUGGACAGGGUAUCAUUCACUGUGGAGUAAAAGCAGGUGGCCCUUGUAUUCUGGAGGACGAGCAUGUCUUGGUGAGCAGUCUAGACGCCUACGUUGUGCAGUGCCAGAAGCAGCAGGCCUGGAGCUUGUGCCUGAAAGUCCUGGUGAACGUCACAGUCACAGGUGCAGAUCAGCCUGUGACAAGUGAUGGCAGUGGUGAAGAAGGGACGGAGGACAUGCAUCACGUCGAUGUUAGUGUGUGUUACACGUACUCUUCACAGCGCCACUCCAGGGUGCUCCGCUUCACAGUCCGCUCUACAGCGUUUGAUGACAGCACUGCACUGCAGGUCUGGAUGUCUUUUGUGGUGAACAUAUCGAAGGCAGAACUCGGCAGUUUCGUCCUAGUCCAUUCUUCAUUCUCAAACUCCACUAAACGUGUCGUUCUCCCUUCAGAAGAGGAAGCGUGUUCCAAGGGUCUGGAUGCCAUCUUCUGUAAAGCAGCUCCCACACUGCUCAGGAAAACUGAUAUGGUGAGCGGAGCAGUGAUACUGUAUGUGACCAGCGCAGACCAAGAGAGGUUUCGGGAGUUCAACGUGUGCCAGAAGCUGGACAGGAAGGGACACUGUGUUGAGGUGGAAUGGAAAAAUGCCAGCCAUGAGUUUAAGAUUCCACUUGGCUCUGUCGCCCCCUGUCUGUGCUUUGAGAUUUGGGGACAGUUUCUCCGAAGAGAGUAUUGCCCAUUUCUGAAUGAAUCAGCUGUGUCAGGCUCCAGCGUGUCCGUGUCUCUGGCAGAGAAUAAGACUCGUCUCCAGCAGCCGGCUCUGGUGUGGAGUCUCAGCGCCCCCUGCAGGCUGGAGGCUCAGCUGUGGUUGUGCAGGAAGGGCUCAGGACUGGACAGCAGCUGUCAGGCGGUCAGCAGCAUAUCUCCGGUCCUCACCCGGCUGAACGACAGCUGGAAGCAGACCGACCACAGACACUGGAAGUUAGAAGGAGAGUUUCUACAAGUGGAUCGUCAUCCUUCACUGUGUCUGCAGGUUAAUGUGGCAGGAAUGGAUGGUUACCUGGGACCAGUGUGUCCUUUUGAAGUGUCGAGGGCUCGCUGGAGUGUGCCGCUGGUGCUGUGUGUGCUGCUCGUGGGUCUGUCUGUGCUGGCAGCCUACGCCGUGCAGGGGACACUGAAGAGCUGUGUGUUCAGAUGGCUGAAGGUGGACGAUGUGACGCCUGCUGUGGGGGGUGUGGAGGUGCUGCUGGUGUGUCCUCCCGAUGCUGACCGAGCCGUCGCUGACCUGGUGUGCCGUCUGUGCUCCAGUCUCUCCGCCGUGGGCUUCAGCGUGUCUCUGGACCUGUGGAGCCGCUCAGAGAUCAGCGCUCUGGGACCCGUGCCCUGGCUGCACUCCUGUCUGGACCGGGUUCAGCGGCGCGGGGGCAAGGCGGUGCUGGUCCUGACCCAGGCGGCCUGUGAGCGGGCCGAGGAAUGGGGCUGUCGAGUCGCCCAGCAGAGACCAGAAGAAGAAAGACAGACGUGGGUAGACAGGGGUGUCCAGUCACCGACGUGCUCCGAGGUCUUCGACGCAUCGCUGAGCUGCAUUCUGGCCGACUAUCUGCUGGGUCGAGCUGGACAGCGCUUCAUGCUGGUCCACUUUGAUGGACAGAGCCCUGCGACGGCGCUGCCGGAGUUCUUCAGGGAGCUGCUUCUGUUCAGCCUGCCGUCUCAGAGUCUGGACUUCAUAAUGGAGCUGAGGCGAGGGGCUGGCGAGGGACACAGGGUGUCAGAGCGCUGGGGGCGAGCGCUGGCGUCCAGAGCAGUGUCCCGCUCGCUCCGAGGGCUCCCUCAGGUCUCUGUAGAGCCUGGGGCAGACGAAACUGUCCCGCUACACACAGACCAGACGAGCCCUGCUCUCCACACCAAAACAAGCUCUGAAGGAUGGGUCUAAACAUCAGGUCAGGUGGUGUAACAACAUCAGGUCAGGAACCACAAUAAACUGAUAACAAACACCACUCCAGUCCAUCAGUGAACAUCUGGAGAAGACAAAAGCUGAAACACAUCCAGCAUCAAGAGUCCAUGAUCCAUAAUAACACAUCCUCCAGUGAAGAAGUGCAUCUCCUGUCGUCUCUCACAUCAGAAUCCAGACACAGAUUUGUUCAGAUCUGUUUAAUCGCUGCUUGAUCUGUGCAGAUUUCUCUCCUGAUUCAGACCAGAACACUUUUUUCACUGGAGGAAGUGUUAUCAUGGAUUAUAGACUCUAUGUGUUUGAGUUAAAAUCAUCUUAAUGCUGGAUGUGUUUCAGCUUUUGUCUUCUCCAGAUGUUCACUGAUGGACUGGAGCUCUGUGGAUUAUUGGGAUGUUUUUAUCAGCUGUUUGAUGAGACACUGAUGCAGAGCUACAUUUCUCCAAACCUGAUGAAGAAACACACUCCUCCUGAUCUCAGAUGGACUGAGGGACAGGGCAUUUUCAGCACAUUUCUAGUGCAGUCUUCUCUUAAUGUGUGCUCACAUGUAGCUCAGUGAAAGUUCACAGGUGAAAUCCAGUCAUUUCAGAAGGAGUCCAUGAUCUGGAGUUUGGCAUUUUCAUCUGGAUCAUGUGGAUUCAGCUCCUUCACCGACAGAAAGCUGAACUUAUGUGUGAGCUGUGCUUUAUAUAUAUCACUAUUGACAAUAGACAAUGGAGCUUUUCCACCCAUGAGAUCUUGUCUACAGUUUGCUAAUGGGACACAUCUUUAGACAGGAAGACACCGUGUGCCCUUGACAUUGUCUGACACUGAUGUAAAAAUGUAUAUAUGAUGUGUGAACAUAUACCUUAUCUCAAGCUCAGAAUAUAGUCUGCAGGAUGGACCGGAGCUUGUCUUACAUAAGAAACCACGACAGACCGGCUGGGCUCCCUCUUGACACAACCAGGCAGAAAAAAGGUUCAGUAGUGAGAGGAGUCACUUUUUCCUCUAAGUGCUGAACAGUUAAACUGCCAUGGCUUCUGGAGGAUAGAGGGGGCACCAAGGCUGUAAUAAGCUAUAUCUCUCAUAUAAGAUGUACAUGUAAGCUUUUAAAUCAGAUGUAGGGUUACAUUAAUGAUUUGUGUUUUGUCAAGUUUUAUUUUCAUUUAUUUAUAUGUGUGACUUAAGUUGUGUGCCUCUACAGUAAACAUUGUGACAACUAGUCCCAGUCUCUUUAUCGGUUUAAUUGUAAAAAAAUAAAAAAAAAAUAAA